CAGGCGGGCGGGGCAGUUUUUCCUAGCAGAGCCCUGCCGUGGAGUGAUGUAGCAGGACGUACGGGACAGAGCGGGCACCGAGGGAAGCACAGCAAACUAUUGGAGCCAUCCGUGCAGCGUGACACACGGACAUCUUGUUUCUCUCACAUCAGGACACCGGAGUGUACAGACCUAUUUUUGUUCGUUUUGGACCCGGUGCCGAUUGAAUUGUAGUGGAGCUCUGUAAAGCUCACCAUGGCGUGGCCCUGUAUCAGCCGGGCGUGCUGCAUGGCCCGCUUCUGGAACCAGCUGGACAAGGCUGACAUUGCGGUGCCUUUGGUCUUCACCAAGUACACGGACGCCUCUGAGAUGCAGCACAUCCAGCUGCAGCCGCCGCUCCACCCUUCCCAGGCCCGGGUCGCCAUAGAAACGCAGCCGUCUCGCGCAGAAACCCGCACCCAGACGGCGGCACGCGCGCCGCGAAGGUGCGUCUCCGAGGAGCGCGUGUGCAGCUCGGUGAUGCGCGAGGACUUUAAGCACUGGAAAGUGAGACCCGAACCGAGCUGUAAACCCAAGAACGAGUACCACGGACCGGAAACACCGUUCAACAGCGAGACCCAGUACCAGAAGGACUACAAGCCCUGGCCUAUCCCGAAAAGGUACGACCACCCCUGGAUACCAAAACCGCAGUCAACCGACGACCGGGCACCGGACAGGUCCAGGCACGCGAAACAGCACCUGGCGUCGGCGGAUGCGGACAGCGGUGUGGAGAAGAGUGCUAUAGCCGACAAGGUGCAGGAGAAAGACCUCCUCCAGGGCCAGGAGAGGAAAAAGAAGUCCAGUAAACAGGAGGGGGUGAAGAAAGUUGUCCUGAAGGUGGAAGGAGAGGGCAAAGGGAGGGCGGCGGCGGAUGCGGUGAACAGACAGAUCAAAGAGGAGAUCGCAGGCGGCAGCUCGUACAAAACUGAGUACAAGGCUUACAGAGAUGUGAAGCCGGCAAAGAUGAUCCGGGCCAAGUCCCAGUACCUGCCACCGACUGGGAAGGCCAGCCUAGAGACUAGCUACAGUGCCAACUUCAAGGGCCAAGCCCCGCUGCAGCCUGCCGACAACAAGGCCAUGGAUAGGAGGAGGAUACGCAGUUUGUACAGCGAGCCUUACAUAGACCCCAUCAAACAGGUUGACAGGUAUAGUCCCACUCGUUCUAAAUCCAAAAGGCCUGGAGUCAAGGCGGCAGGCCAGAGCAAGCCUGUGAAGAAAGCCAAAGAUAAGCAGAGUGCUGCACUGAAGGGCUCCAAGAAGACGACCUCGGAGAACCAGCCCGAGAACCGGCCAGCGGUGGGGGACAAGGAGAAAAGUAAAGAGAUGAACAACAAACUGGCUGAGGCAAAAGAGGUUGUGCUAAAACAGUACCACUACAUACAACUCUGCCAGCCAAUCCGAGAUAUUGGCUGGGUGCAGACUCUAAAGCAACACCUGUGGGGCUGUGCACUACCCAAUCCCAGAGAUGCUAAAGACGAGCCUCUCCGACCCAGUCAUCAUCAUUCCCAGGGUGCUGCUGGAGGAGAACCACAGCCACUGCUGGAGAGACCCGAACCUCGGAGGAGCAGCGGAGUCGUACGCUUUGCCCUAGAUGGGAACCAGACUGACUAGUUCUGCAGAGGCAGAUACACCUUAUACAGAGACUGCUACUCUGUACUGUAAAUGUCUAGUAUUUGCAACUAAGUUGGAAUAGGAAAAGAGGUGAAUCCCACAAAAAAAACCUCCGCUAUCCAAGAGGGAGCUCACAUAUUUGAAACACGCAUGUUUGAGACAGGUUUUGGCUCUAAGCUCACUGCUGUUUGACCAAUGUCAUUAUUGCAAAGGUGCUACAUCAUUUCUUUCUGGUUUCAUGCAAUUUCUUUAAAACAAAUAUGUCAAUAAUAUUAGAAAUACCACACCAUUAAGUGCUUAUACAACAAUUACAAAACCUGUACUGUACAUUUAUCAGUUUUAGUGUAAAUAAAUAAGCAUAACUUGCA